AUGCACUUAAUUCGUUUGUUGGCCACUUCAUGUAUUUCCGUUUAUCUCUCAUUCCCUUUUUUCAUCUCUAUAACUCAAACUUUCCUUCUCCCAUCCACACUGUCUUCCUCGAUUCCUCUUUUGAAUCCAUUUGUCAAUCUUUUAAUUAAAUUCCUACAUGACAAUCUCACUUUUUCACUCUUACCUUUUCCUUUAAUUUUCUGUUUCUCCCGCUUCAAUUCUUUCUUACUCCUUCUCCUUUUCCUAUUUUUUCUUUCUUUGUUUUCACCUUUAAAAUUGAGCUUUCUCUCUGCCUCAUAUUCUCUUUCUAAAUCAGUCUCUUUAUGCCACUCUCUCUUCAUUUCUCUCUCUCUUCCUCUCUUUCUCUUUAGCUAUUUUUUUUUCUUUUCAUCUCUACAAUCAACUCCUGAUUCGUCUUUUUAUGCACCCAAAUCUCCUUUACCAGAACUACAUCAUCUCCAACCCCCCACAAACCAUUUUUCUCACUCCACCGCGGCAUCUGCAUUUCAUUCCCUAAUCGGCUUCAUCCUUUUCUCCCUGAAGACUUUUCCUGUUGCCCCACUUCCUCUUCCCAUCCAUAACUACAAAUCUUUCCCUCACUAA